AUGUCACGGGGCUUAGAGUCGCAGCAUUUGCCAAUCGUCCGGCCUAUGAUCAUACUCAAGGGUACCGACAAGCGAUGGGAGAGCAACCCUCAUCAAAGCGGCGCAACAACUUCGUCUGCCAAUUCUGUGCCAGGCGCUUCGUUCGCCAUGAACAUCUCCAGCGACAUGAACGACUUCAAGCCGUUCAUCUGCACACAAUGCUCUUCGUCCUACACGAGAAGGGAUCUACUCGCCCGACAUGUCAAUUCGGCACAUCAACAGCACAAUGAAUCACUCUCCUCAAUGCCAAUGAUCCAUCUUGAUGCCUCCUCGUUCGAGAAGAGCAAUCGAAGCCCGAUUUUGCUGGCCUCGCCUGGAACGGCUGAAGCGACUUUCGACGGAGGGCUACCAUUUACGACAACAUCAUCCUUACACCAGGACGAACCGACCGUUUAUUCAACCCAAUUGAACUUUGAUGAGGACAAUACGCUGUCGAACAACAUCUCCGAAGCGACAAAUUACUUUCCUCCAGUCAGUUACGACAUGGGAUUCGUUUCCAGUCUGGACUUCAAUCAAUUCUUGAUGCUCUCGCCCCUUCCCUCUUUAGCAGCUAAUUCACCUUCCCACGACAGUCCCGAGAAACAACUCAACGCAUUGACCCCGAACAGUUGUGCUCCACAAAGCACGAAUCACUCGACAAGUUCGUGGGUCCCUCUCUCGGCCGUGCCCGAUAUGUCGGCCUCAACAUCAGAACAGCGCAAGCUUGAUUGGGCUAUCAUUGAUGAUGACUGGGAUCAUUUCGUUACGACCAUUACACAACUUUGUCCUGAAUAUGCAGUGUCUCGACUGCCCUCUCGUCAAAGUAUAUCACGAUACAUCGCGGCGUAUUUCCGGGGGUUUCACGAGCACCUGCCAUUUCUACAUGCUCCGACAAUCAAUUUACACGACACAAGGCCACAUCUGGUCGUUGCCAUCGCCAUGAUCGGCGCCCAAUAUUGCCUAGACGUCAAAAGUAUGGUUUCGCUUUUUAGCCUUGCGAAGUUGAUGGUCCAGAAAGGGAUUGACAUUCGAAGACAGGCAUUUGCAAGCAAUGAAAGAGCACCACCGGAAUCAGGAAGAACUAAUGCAGAUGGAACGAGCGAUUCGAACGACGAAGCAAUCCAGUCCUGCCAAACACUGCUUUUGCUGAUGAUUGCGGCAACUUGGGGCGCUCCCAAGACCACUUUGAAGGAGGAUAUGAAUCUACAAAGCAUCCUUGCAGCCUAUAUCCGUGAGGAAGGGCUUCUGCGAAUCGACGAUACCGUCAAACACAACUCGUGGCACGACUGGAUUCGAGCAGAAGGGGUAAAACGAACAGUUUUGAUCACAUUCUGUUUCUUCAACUUUCACACCAUCCUUUAUAAUGUUCCUCCACCUAUACUGAAUGCCGAGAUUCACAUGGUGUUACCUUGCUGUGAGGAAGAAUGGAGGUGUAGUACUGCUACAUCAUGGGCAGAGGAGCACGCAAAGGGAAAGAACACCCACCCGGAAUUCGGCGUUGCAUACAAGAGCCUCUUCCACCCUGCAGCAUAUGAAGGUCUCAAGACUUGCUCAUCAUUGGGCGUCUACAUUUUGAUAACGGCAAUCGUACAGCACAUCUAUGUUAUCCGACAGCUCAGUAAGCAUACCCUCUUCGACCACACCACGACAAUCCCCUCGGAAAUUGAUACGCUACAUCAAGCACUGCGUCGGUGGCAGGAGAUUUGGGAGAUGGACCCGCAUAGAUCACUUGGCCCAAACAAUCCAAACGGUCCAUUACCGUUCAACUCAACCGCCUUGCUUCGAAUGGCAUAUGUCCGUUUAGGCAUGGACAUUGGCUCCUCAUUUACCAUGAGCUCUCGUAACCCACAGCAGAUCGCUUUCGAAAUGCUGCACAGUCCACCCGUUCCUCGCAACCGCCACAGCACGAGGGCGGCACUACAUGCUGCUCACACCUUGAACACACCCGUCAAGAUUGGGUUGAAGCUUGUAGCCAAAACUCAAGCGUUGACCUGGUCUCUUCAGCAUUCCUUGUCAUAUCUUGAGUCAGCUUUUCUGCUUAGUAAAUGGUUGGACAACAUCAUGCGUUCGCUUGAAAAUCCACCGCUAGACGAGGCUGAACAGCAGGUUCUGUCAUAUGUGCAAGGCAUUUUUCAUGAAGCCGUUGACAAUGACGACGAAGAGACGACUCCAUGUAUAAACCCUCAAAUGAGUAUCAGCCUGAUUCGAAUCUGGGCACAACUAAUCCUCGAAGAAGGCAUCUGGCCAAUAGUAAACAUGGUUGGAAAAACUUUGGCCUUGUACGCUGAUCUUCUAGCAACCAACAAUGGAAAGGAUGUUGCCUGA